GUGAGUGAUCGUUUAUUUUGAAGCGCUGAACCGGAAACGACUUAAUAACGUGGCUCAGGUGUCUUGUUGAAUUAAAUCGGAAAUUUUGAGAAAAUGAGUGUGGCGACUAUGGAUAACGUCUAUAGAGGAAAUAUUAAGGAGUCUUUCGAACCCGCCGAGGUGGAUCCUACUGCACCCCUGAUAGAGCCCCUAAAGGUCCUGGAAAUAGCUCAGGAUGCUGGGAGGUCUGAUUAUUCAGCUGUGGAGAAGAAUGACAAAGGUUUGGAGGUGCAGGAAGACGCACUCAGUCCUUCUGCGACUGCGUCCACCAGUGUCCACGUACGGGAGUGGAAAGCCGGGUCUCCGUGCCGGGCUGUGUUCUCCGAGGACGGACUGGUGUACCCGGCUGUGGUAAUGUGGGUCGAGGGUCAGCGCUGCCGCGUUCGCUAUGACGUCUACAACAACGAGGAAGAGGUGGACAUCGGAAGUCUGCUACAACCUGAUGAGCUGCCUGGAUCCAACAGAGCAGUCAAGCCUGCCUCACAGGGCCCCAUCUUCAGGUCCACGGACUGGAGGAGGAAACGCCGAGAGGAGAACCAGAGUGGAGGAGGCGAGCGCUCCUCCCCUGUGAGAUCCAAAGUUGAAAAAGAGAAACCCAAGACAGCGGUGUUGAAGCCCACCAAUCGCGACUCUCCUGGCUUCCCUCAGUUUCCCGACUUGUCCCACAUGACAUCUGGGGAGCCUCUGACCUUCACUCCUCCUCCUCCUUUUGGUGGUAAAGAUCCCGACAGCGACACUGCGUCCAACAUGAUGAUGAUGUGGUACAUGCUCAGCAGCGCUACAAGUCCAGCUGCAGCGACUGAGAGAGGAAGCAUUCAACCCGCCGUGAAGCUGCAGACAGAUGGUCGCUGGAUUUAGGUUUUACACCUCAGUGUUUUAUAUGUUCUUAGUUGAGGAGAGUUUUCUGUUGUAAAGAAAGUUCUGAGUUUCAUUUUUUGUGUUCAAAAACACAGCUAUGUUUUGUUAUUAAAAUGAAUG